AUGAAUAUAUCAAAUGACUUGACAAGUAAUGAUUCAAGUGAACAAAAUGAAAGUGAUAAUGAUGAGAAUGAUGAAAAUGUUAAUAAAAUAAAUGAAUUUAUUGAAAAACUAGACAUUCUAAACAAUAAUUAUGAUUUAAAAAUAAAAUUAAAUAAGCAAAAGGAAAAUGAAAAUUAUGUUAAUAAUAUUGAUAACAUAAAUAUAUACAUAAAAAAACACGAAUCAUUUAAAAAAAAGUUAAAUGAAAUAAAUAACUUUUUUAAGAAAAAAUGCAACUAUGACGCUUUUUCAAGAAUUGAAAAGGUUUAUGUAACAGUAUCUAAUAUAAAUUCAUCGUAUGAAUUUAUUUCUCUGAAAAUAAAAAUUCAAGAUUAUAUAAAAAAUAUAGAAAGAAAUAUAAAAAAUAAUUAUAUAAACACUAUACCUUAUAUAAAUUUGUUUUUAGAAAUAAGAAAAAAAAUACAUAAAUAUAGCUCCUUGUAUUUUUUUAAUUUAAAGAAUGAAAAAUAUGAUUGUAAAAAUUUAAAUUUUUUAAAAAAAGAGGAAGCAAUAAUUGAAAAUGAUAUAAUUGAUUAUAUCAAUCAUAAAAAAACAUUUACUUCUCAGAAUAUUUCUAAUAAAAAAAAUGAACAUGCUGAAGCGUAUAAACGAAUAUAUGAAAUGGAUAAAGAAAAAAUUAAUUUACUUAACAAAUACUAUAAUAACGUAAAAUGCAUAAUUGAAGAAGAGAUAAAUGAAUAUAUUAAAAAAAAAGAUAUCGAUAAUAUAAAAAAAAAAUUAAAUAUUUACAUAAGCUUGUUUCAAAAACAAGAAAAAGGACAUUCAGAAGAUAAAACAUGUAAUAGUAGUAUAAAUUCCCCUCAAGAAAAUGAGAGUGAAGAAGAAAUAAGAAAUAAUGAAAAUGAAGAUGAUUCUAAUGGUAGUACUACGGAUAAUAAAGAAUACAUCAGUAAAGAAAACACCAAAAAUUAUAAAAAAGAAAAAAAAAAUAUAAAUAAAAAAAUUAUUUCGGAGAAUAAAGAUAACUUAUCAAUUAGUAAAUUAGAAUGCUCACAAAAUAUAAUUGAUAAUUUAGAUGAAAAUAAUAAAUCUAAUAUUGAUGACAUAAAAAAUAAGAAAAAGGAAGAAUCAAAAAUAAUUAACAACUUAGAUGAUUAUAUAAUAUAUUUUGAUGAGUAUUUAUAUAUUUGUUAUAUUACUAUUGCUUUAGUAGAAAUUGAAAUUGAUAAACUUUUAGAUUUAUUAAAUAGUAAAAUUAUGAGCCAAGAAGAUAAUGUAUAUAUUGAAUGCAUAAAAAAUACUUACAGUUGUUUAUUUAAAUAUAAUAAUUUUUUUGAAAAUUUGGUUCAUGAUCAUAUUGUAUAUAUAAUUUAUAAUAGAAAGAUAGAAUUAAUUUUUAACAAAGUCAUUAAUAUAAUAUUUAAGCAAUUUUUUUCACAAGUUAAAUUAUCUAUUGAAAAUUUUGAUGAAUUAAAUAAUUACGAUAAAAAUAUAGAAAUACUAUCAUUGUUAUGUUAUAAUUUUCUUAACAUCAAAAAAUUUCUUUAUGAUUUAUCAUUUAAAAAGUUUGAAAAAGUUAAUAAUAUUUUUGAUUUUAAAAAUUACAUAAAUACAAAUAUAUUUUCAAUUGAAAAUUGUUUAUAUAAAAACUUACCAUAUAUAAAUUUAAUUCAAGAUGCAAUUUGUUCAUAUAUUGACAACGAAAUAUUAUUUUCAAAACAUUGUAUAGAUAAAGCUUUUAUAUUAACAGAUGAUAUAAUGUUAUCACUAAUUGAUGAUGAUAAUAAAGACUUCAAAUUUGAUGAAAAUUUCAAUUUCGAUAAUAUAAUAAAUAAUAACGAAUUUACAUCGACUUUAUUGGAAGAUGCCUUUUAUAUUUUUCAGAAGUGCAUGUGCAGAAGUAUAAAUAUGAAUGAUAUUAAUACUAUAUGUGUUUUAAUAAAUAACAUUAUGAUUGUUCUAUCUACAACAUUGAAAGAUUAUUUAAAAGAAAAUGUUAAAAUUAGCAAGAAUAUUUAUUCUUCUUUUAUUCAUGAUAUAAACAAUUUGAAAAAAUUUUCCUUUACUAAUUUAUUAAACAGUAUUGAUAAAAAUAAUUAUUUUGAAGAUAAUAAUACCAAUAAAACUAUAGUAUUGGCUCAAAAUUUUGUAAAUACAUUUAGCUACAUUAACAAUGAAAAUAAUAAAAUAAGUAACACAGUAAGCAAUUUAAGUAAAAGUAGUUUUUCUAAAGAUAAUAUUUCAUUUAAUAAUAAUAACAAUAACCAAACGAAAAACAUUUACAAUUUUUUAACAUCAAAUCAUUAUGAGAAUUUAUUUAAUCCUUUAAUACCUAACCAAAAUAUAAAAAAUCAAAUUAUUAAUUCAAAAUUUAGUUAUCCACAUUGCAUAAAUAAUAUUGAUUCAUGUUAUCAGUAUAUUCAAAAGUAUAAAAUAUUCAUUAAUGAUUAUUUUACAGAACAAUUUUUGCAGAACAAUAAAGAAAAAAAGGAAGUGCAAAAUUAUAUACUUAUGUUUAAUAAUUCACUAGCAAAUUAUGAUAACUUAUUAAAAGAUUAUGAAAAAUUAAACAUUGAGAAUUGUAAGGUUUUAUUAAAUAUUUUAAAAAUACAUUUUAUUAAUCAAUUAGUGUUAAUUGAAGAGAUAAACUUUGAUAUAACAAAUGAGCAGUAUUCAUAUUAUCAAUUGAACGAUCCUUAUAUAAAUAAUUUAAUAAAUAGAAUAAAAUUAAUUUUGCAUCAUAUAUCUUUAUAUUUUAACCAAAAUAUUUUUCAUAUAUGUAUCCAUUUAUUAGCAGAAAAGAUAUGUAAGUACAUUGAAAGAAUUAUUAAAAAAAAAAAGUUUAAUUUAUAUGGUUGUGUACAAAUUGAUAAUGAUAUAAGAAAUUUGAUGUUAUUUUUUACUUCUUUAACAAGUAUUAAUGUUAAAAAAGAGUUUUCAAAACUAUUUGAUAUAUGCGAAUUAUUGAAUAUAAGUGAUUUACAGGAUUUUAAAGAUUUAUAUGACGAAAAUAAAAGCAGUUUGAAUUCAAAUGAAAUUGAAAAUAUUUUAUCACUAAGAAAUGAUAUUUCCGAAGAACUAUUAAAGUCUAUUAAAUUAUACAUCAAUUCAAAAAUAAAAUAA